AUGCCAGCCACAGUGGACAUGCUGGUGUUUGCAGCACUAUUUCUCCUCUUAGGAGGCACACAAGGUCAAACAUUACCAAAUUUUGAUCUCCUGGAGGAGUUUCGUGUAUCAGAGUCGAGAGGAGUGAAGAGAGUGGAUGGCUCUGAACCAGAGGCCGUGGCUUACCGUGUCAACCCUGCCAUCCACCUGCAGAAGACCAUGAGUGACGUCUACCCAGAUGGUCUCCCUUCCGACUAUUCUGUCAUCGCAACCUUUAAGUUGACCAAAGAUUCCAUCAAGAAGUCCUGGAACCUGUGGCAGGUCAGCGACCCAGAUGGUCGGGAGCAAGUGGGCCUUCGUUUCCAGGGAGAUACCUUCUCGCUGGACUUUUUUUAUAUCAGUCCCAGCGGCAGCCAGAUGCUGAGGACCUUCCACGGUGUGCAUAAGCUGUUUGAUGGCCAAUGGCACAAGUUGGCUCUGAGCGUCAAGGGCAGCCAGGUGAAGUUGCUGAUAGAUUGCGAGGAGGUCAGUGUGGAGUCCAUUGAUGAGCCGAUGCCGGUCAUCCGUCGUGGGUACACCUCCAUCGUCAAGCGAGCUGCAAGGGAUCGCUCAGUCUCAGUGGACCUCCAGCAGAUGGAUGUGUCAUGUGACCCAGAGAAAGCCUAUUCCGAAGGAUGCUGCGAACUCUCCAGUGUGUGUGGAGGCUAUGCAGAGAUUGGUCUGACAGCCGGUAGAGCAUCUUGCAAAUGCAUGCACGGACAGCCGGGCGUCCAGGGACGUCCAGGGCCAAAGGGUCACAGAGGUCUUACCGGAGAGCCCGGAGAUAGAGGAAGACAAGGGAACUGGGGCAUCAGAGGAAACACAGGAGACUAUGGCAAUGUCGGCGAGCCGGGCCAUAAGGGUGAAAUGGGAAGCAAAGGCGAGAAAGGAAUGAGAGGACUUUGGGGCCCUCUGGGAGAGCGAGGUCCUAAGGGUCUGAAGGGACUAAAAGGGGCAGCUGGCUUCAAGGGUGUUCGUGGAGCCCCAGGAGACAUGGGAAAUACUGGGAGGCAGGGGCAAGUUGGCACUAAAGGUGAAAGGGGAUAUGAAGGAAUUGCUGGCUAUGAAGGAGUAAAGGGUGAGAAAGGGAGCACUGGUCCAGAAGGGAACCCUGGCCCACGAGGAACAGCGGGCAUUGUGGGAGAUCCAGGAGAGAGAGGGGCCACUGGACAGAAGGGGAAACCCGGUAUCACAGGACGUCGCGGUAAAGCUGGCACCGUUGGACAAAAGGGCAUUGUUGGAGAUCCAGGAACACCAGGUAGAGAUGGAGACCCUGGAAUAGAGGCUUACCAAGGACCACAAGGUCAUCGUGGAAAACUGGGACAAGGUGGCUCAAAGGGGGAGAAAGGUACCCUGGGGACACCGGGAGAAAUGGGCCCCCAGGGUCGAAUUGGCCCAAGAGGUUACAAAGGCUCUGCAGGGAAACCAGGUAGACCCGGAUUUAUUGGACCACCAGGACCUAAUGGACAUGUGGGAGUGGCCGGGAAACAAGGAAGCAAGGGUGACACAGGAAUCCCGGGAAUUCAAGGAGUCAAAGGUGCACUGGGAGAAAAAGGUGCCAAGGGCCCCAAAGGAAGGGUCGGAGACAGAGGGGAGCAGGGUCCUCAGGGAGGACGGGGGAAACGCGGUCCAGCUGGCCCAGAUGGACGCUCGGGUCCCGUGGGAGUCAAAGGAGUGCGAGGUGAAGGAGGACCAGAUGGAUUUCAAGGACCUGCAGGACCACCAGGUCCAGCCCUGCCGGCUCAGCAUGUGAUUGAGGUUUGUAAGAAAGUGGUCCUGGAGCAGAUGUCCACCUUCGCCAACUCAGUCAAGAGGACAUGCGCCGCAGUGUGUCCUCUCUAUGGAGAUGUUCCCAUGGGUGCUCCUGGUCCACCCGGACAGAAAGGCCCACCUGGACCUCCUGGUGAUACUGGGAGAAACGGCGAUACUGGAGAAGUUGGCCUGCCGGGAUUUUACGGUGAAGCCGGAGAUCCAGGCCAGCAAGGAGUGACAGGUGACAGAGGAGACCAAGGUGAUAAAGGAUCCAAGGGCCACGGCCUACCUGGAUACACCGGGGAGCAGGGAAAAAUGGGUCAGCGUGGACGUCCUGGCCGGGUCUUUAACGGCCAACCAGGGAAUCCUGGUGAGCGUGGCCACGUGGGCCUGCCUGGAGUCAGAGGCCACCCUGGUCUCCGAGGGCCCCCUGGUGUGUGUCUCACCUCUGGGUGUGCCCAGCUCACUGCUACAACUCCAGCACCCCGGGCAGCGCCUCAGGCUUCACCCCCUCGAAGACUGAGGAACCGCCAGCAGUGAAGAAAGUGGACAGAGUGAAUACUGAAAGGACCAAAAGGUGUUGGAUUCAUUCUUAUGUUAAUAUGUUUUCCGUCAUAUAAAUGUAUUGUUUCAUGUAAAUAUUCCUGCCAACUGAGACCCAGAUACUGAACAAGUGAACACAUUACCACCCAAUAAACAGGAGUGGCAAUGUAUGUAUAAAAAUGCAAUAUUUGAUAGUCUUAUUUAAAUGAUUUCACAA